CCAAACUCCUCCUUGGUUCCUUCUGCUGCAAGCUCUGAGUCUUGUUUGGCCUCUUUGGGAGGCGUGAGGGCUCGCCAUGCCGCUGGUGAAGAGGAACAUCGAGCCCCGGCACCUGUGCCGGGGGGCCCUUCCCGAUGGGGUGACGAGUGAGCUGGAGUGUGUCACCAACAGCACGCUGGCUGCCAUCAUCAAACAGCUGGGCAGCCUCAGCAGGCACGCAGAGGACAUCUUUGGAGAGCUGUUCAACGAAGCCAACAGCUUCUACAUGAGGAUGAACUCACUGCAGGAGAGGGUGGACCUGCUGGUCAUCAAGGUGACGCAGCUGGACUCCACCGUGGAGGAAGUUUCACUGCAGGACAUCAACAUGAGGAAAGCCUUCAAGAGCUCCACGGUGCAGAACCAGCAGGUCGUGUCCCGCAACUCCAUCCCCAACCCGGUGAUGGAGAUGUACCAGCGCUGCGACAAACCCCCGCCCCUCAACAUCCUCACGCCCUACAGGGAUGACAAGAAGGAUGGCCUCAAAUUCUACACCGACCCCUCCUACUUCUUCAACUUAUGGAAGGAGAAGAUGCUGCAGGCGACAGAAGACAAGAGGAAGGAGAAGCGCAGGCAGAAGGAGCAGCGGCUGGUGGAGGACUCCACCCGGGAGGUGAAGAAAGUGAGGAAAGCCCGCAACCGGCGCCUGGAGUGGAACAUGAUGGCGUAUGAUAAAGAGUUCCGGCCGGAUAACAGGUUCUCACCAUCCCCCUAUCACAUGGCGUCAUCGGAAGGAUCACUGUCCCCAGAUAAUAGGUCCUACGCGUCGGACGCCGCCGACCACUCGUACCCGGCCAGCCCCAACCACCCCGCGCAGCUGCUGGCCCCGGCGGCCCACCUGGCCCCUGCGGAGCACAAGGAGGGGCUGGCGGCCACCAACCCCCCGGAGCACGUGUUCCGGCCGGCCGCGGGCAGCCGGCAGAACAGCCUGACCCGCCUGCAGCAGCCCCACGCCCCGCCGCCCCCCGAGGCCGUCCUCAACGGGCCCAGACCACACCUAGUCAAGGAUUACGGCCCGCAGCCGGUGCCCAUGGCCGAGUACUUCGUGCCGCCGGCCCCGCCGCCGCCGCCGCCCGUCAUCCCGUCGGCACAGACCGCCUUCGACAGCCCCAUCUCGGCUCCCCCCGCGCUGGCCCCCGGCUCGGCCGCAGCCCCGUCCUACGCCCCUUCACCGCCCCCCGCGCCCCCCGGGCCCUACUCCGCCUCGCCGCCGCAGAGCGGCCCCAUGGGACCCCCGGUGGCCCCGCCGCCCCCGCCGCCCGGGCCCCCGGCCGUGUCCGCCUCGCCCGCGCACUCCGCCUCGCCGCCCGCGCCCGCCGCCGAGCCGCGCAAGCCGCAGAUCCCGCUGAUGCCCAUGAGCGACGCCCGGAGCGACCUGCUGGCAGCCAUCCGCAGGGGAAUCCAACUCCGGAAGGUCCAGGAGCAGUGGGAACAAGAGGCCAAGAAAGAGCCCGUGGGCAAUGACGUGGCGACCAUCCUGUCGCGCCGGAUCGCGGUGGAGUACAGCGAGUCUGACGACGACUCCGAGCUGGACGAUAACGAGUGGUCGGACUGAGGGCUCCGGGCUGGGCGGGCUCGGGGCUCCAGCUCUGCUCCAGGGUAGAGAGGAAACCUGGAUCGGUCCGAGGCACCGCUUGUAACUACAUUUGUUCAAGAAAUGUCAUCUUAACCCCAAACUGUUGACACUUUAUGCAUGUGCUAAUUAAAUUUAAAAGAAAAAAAAAAGGAAAAGAAUUAAUAAAGAUUUUAAGAGGUUA